AUGGAUAGCAAUAGUAAUAAUAGAAAAAUUAUAAUAAAAAAUAUAAUUAAUAAUGUUAUAAAUAAUGUUAUAGAUAAUAGAAAUAAUAAUAAUAAUUCUAAUAAUAAUUCCAAUGGUGAAUUUAAAAUAUUACCAAUGAGCCAUACGGAAGUUGUAUUUUGGAAAGUUUUUAAAAAUUGUUAUCUAAAAAAAAAUAUAUUUUCAUUUUUCAUUUUUAAAGAUAUCUUUAGAUAUGAUGAUAUUUAUUUUGUCCAAGAUAUAGUUCUUUAUAAAAAUGCAGAAGAAAUAUACAAGGAUAAAGUCAAAAGUGGAGCAGUUUUAAAUUUCAGUGGAAAGCCCGUUUUGGAAAAGGAAAGAGUUCCACCCAUAUCUAAUAUUUAUAAAACCAUCAAUAAAAAUACUAAAGAGAAUAAAAUGUUUUACCAGAUGUUGUUUACCAAGUACCCAGAGGCAAAUUCAUUUUAUGGAGACUCAUUACAGCAGAUAAUAAAUGAAAAAAACUAUGUUGCCUUUAAGCAGUACAGAAAAAUGUUUCCAAUCUCGUCAGAAUUUAGAGAAUCACUACCUGACAUUAAAGAAAUAAAUUGUUUUGAAAAUUAUAUUAUGUGUAAGUUGUUAUAUCCUAACUUUGAUUAUAAAAAUAAAAUAUCAGUUAGUAUAUUUAAAGACAACCAAGGAAAUUCCAUUACAUUUAAAAAGUUACUCCAAAUGUGUUGUAUGGAAGAAGAUGAACAACUAAUCAACUGUUCAAAAAAACUUUUAUCGUUUCCUAUUAGCCAUUUGUUCCGAACCCACCGUCUAUUGGUUUUAGAAUACAUUCACUUAUUUUAUAGUUUAACUAAUAACCCUCUCCCACCAGAUUGUAAUUCAAUAUUUUUCAAUAAUAAAGAAGAAGUUGUAAAUAACAAAAACAGUACCAACAACAAUAACAAUAACAUUAACAACAACAAUAACAAUAACAAUAACAACAACAAUAACUAUUACAAUAACAAUAACAAUAACAAUAACAAUAACAAUAACAAUAACAACAACAAUAACAACAACAAUAACAACAACAAUAACUAUUACCAUUACCAUUACAAUAACAAUAACAAUAACAAUAACAAUAACAAUAACAAUAAUAUCAGUAUUAAUAAUAAUAAUAAUAAUAAUAUUAGUAUAACUAAUGACUCUCUCCCACCAUAUUGUAAUUCAUUACAUUACAAUAAUAAAGAAGAAUUUGUAAAUAAUAGAAAAAGUAACAUGAAAAAAAAAAUCAGAAACCUUAAAUACCUUAAUAAUAAUUUUAUUAGAACUGACUAUAUCCUACCAUGUUAUAAUACAUUACUUUAUUGUAAUAAAGAAGAACUUUUACAAAACAAAACCUGCUACGACAACAUCAACAACAAUAAUAUCAGUGCUGAUUAUGAUAAUAAUAUUUAUAAUAAUUCUCCCUUUUUGUCUAUAAAAAAAUUCUAUAAUAAUUCAUUUAGUAGUUUAAAAAAAUUCGAAGUGAAUGAUUUUGUAGACAGAUAUGAAGCAUUUUAUUUAGUCGCUAAUAUAAAGUAUGAAAAAAUUGAAAUGCAUUGUUCUGUUUAUAUCAAUUAUUUGUAUUUCUUUGGUUACAAAGAAGAUCUUUACAGGAUAACCUAUAUGUACCCAAAUUCUCUUGGCCCCCAUACACGUGAAUACAUAUACUCUGAUAUUAUUCAUCAAUUUGUAAACACCAUUGUCAAAAAUUCAACACUUCCAGACUAUAAUUCAAUGGCCUCUGCAAAACAAAUUUUAUUUUGUUUUAAAAUUAUAAACAAAAUUUGCAAAUACAAUUUUUAUCACACACUAAAAUCGCUUGCAUCAAAUUACCAUCACCUAUUAUUCAAUUCACAACAAGGUUGGUACAAUGACAAAAAAGUAAAGACAUUCAUCACCACAGCAAUUCAAAGUGAAAAUUCAAUAAUUGCUGAACUUUUACUCGAUUUCACCAAGAUGGAUAAAUAUACUUUUAAAAAUAUUUUAUUCAACAAACAAUCAUGGGAAUCAACACAUGAAAAAGUCAGAUUUAACAAUCUUUUAAAAAAUUACAAAUUUAAAGGUAUUUUUGAUUAA